UGUGAGUUUUAUAUCCCUUGCCAUUCAAGAAGCAGCCAGUUGCCGCUCGGUAGUUAAAGAGCAUAUUCAGCUCCUCUCGCUGCGCUCCUUCAGAUCCGAAAGCUACCCAAAAUGGACGAGGAGAACGUGUUUCCGAUCCCGAACCUCAAGCUUCAGCAGCAGCUCUUCUUGCUGGUCGACGAUAGCUCCGUGUCCGUAGACAGACAGAAAGCUCGGAAAAAUGCAGGAGCAGAGCUGCUGAAGGGGAUCGAGGAAGAUGAGAUGGCACCAUAUUAUGCUGCGCUUCUCGCUGAUCCGGUUAUCUCAAAGCUACUUCCAUCUCCAGUCGCAUCAACUUCUCUCAAUCAUGCGUUAUCCUCUUCUGACCUCCUCUCCAACCUACAAGCGAAAAAUAGGGCAGAGCUGGAACGACUAGAUGGGGUGCAGAAGCGUGCAGAGGAGAAUGAGGGGGACAUGGAGAUCAAUGCUGUUCUCAAGGACAGAGCAAACUACUAUGCUAAGAUUGGGGACAAGGAAAAUGCUGUCUCGGCGCAUAAGCUUGCCAUUGAAAAGGCCUCAGGCCUGGGUUCUAAAAUCGACCUCACACUUGGCCUGAUCCGCAUCGGAUUAUUCUUUGGCGAUACCUCUUUGGUCAUCUCUUCAAUUGCGUCAGCAAAGAAGUUUGUGGAAGAGGGCGGAGAUUGGGACCGGAGAAAUCGCUUAAAAGUCUACGAGGGCCUGCACCUCCUCUCUAUCCGCGAUUUUCAUAAGGGUGGCGAACUCUUCCUCGAGGCACUCUCCACCUUUACUGCGACAGAGCUCCUUGAAUACAACGAUUUUAUCGCCUUGACCGUCAUUGCCAACACGUUCGCCCUUAAGCGAGUAGAUCUCAAGAAGAAGAUCAUCGAGUCGCCCGAGGUGCUGCAGGUAAUUGAUGAACUUCCGCAUCUGAGACAGUACAUCAAUUCGCUGUACAGUUGCCAGUACGGGGCAUUCUUCAAGGCUCUGGCAGAGGUGGAGCAGGCAUAUAUCUUGCCAUCCAGGACCCUCAACCCGCAUGCUAGGUUCUACGUCAAGGAGAUGAGGAUCAUUGCCUACGCGCAGCUGCUCGAGAGCUACAGGAGUGUCACACUCGGUAGCAUGGCGGAUGCGUUUGGAGUCAGCGUCAAUUUCAUUGAUUCUGAGUUAUCUCGCUUCAUCUCAAGCGGGCGGCUCCCUGCUGUCAUUGACAAGGUGCAUGGGAUCAUCGAGACGCGGCGACCGGACUCGAAGAAUGCACAAUACAGCAAAAUCAUCAAAGAUGGAGAUGUGUUGCUGAACUCGUUGCAAAAACUCUCUCGCACGGCAUUGUAACAUAGUCGAGAAAGCAAGACGGGGUUUGCAUAUGAUCCAAAAACGUGU